AUGCGUUCUUUCAGCUUCAUCGUUGCGCUACUCUUCGCCCUCGUCACCUCAUCCUAUGCCUGGCCAGAAGGCAUUCUUGCUCCUCGGAAAGGCGGUAAAAACAAUGGCACCACCAAUGGAAACUCGGUAAACAAGGCCUGUCGAACCAUGUCCAAACUCACCCACCUUACCGCCCUCGCCGCCAAUCAAACCAAGCUUGACGCCUUGGUGGCAAAGGGCAAGCUCAAUCAGACAGAAGUCGAGGCGUUGAAAGCGAAGGCUGCGAACGCCACCACUGAGCUCCAAACCAUGCAGGCCAACACGACGCUGGUCACCGAAUGCGCCGUCAUAGAUGCUCACCAGAAGGUUGUGGGAGAGUGCAAGGCCAUGAAGAAACUCGCGAACUUGGCCAACCUUGCCAACAACCAAACCGCCAUGGAUGCCUUCAUGGCGAAGAAGAAGCUGAAUGACACCCAGAUGGCGAAGCUAGAGGAAAAGAUUGGUAAUGCAACAACCAAGUUGAAGGCUCUGCAGGCCAAUACCACACUUACGGAUCUGUGCGCUCAGCAGCAGAAGGCCAACUCCGGUGGUGCCUCUGCUUCAAGCAGCGCUACCCAGGCCCAAUCAACUGGCGGCACAACGAACGCCGCUUCCGGUCUUACUGUCCAAUCAAUGCCGUAUCUCUUCGUUCCGCUUCUCGCUGGCAUCUUUGCUACAUUCUUGUAG